AUGGGAGUUCCAACAUCACCAUACCAGCCAUAUGCCGACGUGCAUCAAAACCCCAAAGGCCCUGGAGACGCUCGACCAAGCGCCAUGCAAGUCGUCCAGGGCCUCAAGGCCUUCGAAUCCAUGCAAGGUCGUACCGUGGUCAUCACCGGCGCCUCCAGUGGACUCGGCCUCGAAACAGCACGAGUUCUUUACGAGACUGGAGCCAUACUCAUCCUGACAGCACGAGAUAUACCCAAACUGAGCAAAGCCAUCGAUGGAAUCGUUGCGAACAGUGAAGCAUACCCCGAGACAGCCAACGACAAGCCUCCCAAGCCUGCCACCAUUGAGAUGCAUCUUGACUCCCUUGAAAGUGUACGCAUAGCUGCCAACUCCCUCCUCGAACAAACCCAUUCAAUCUCAACCCUCAUUCUCAACGCCGGCAUCAUGGCCUGCCCCCUCUCAUUCACCCACGACGGCUUCGAGGCGCAAAUAGGCACCAACCACAUGGCGCACUUCCUCUUCUUCCAGCUCGUAAAACCAGCUCUUCUCAAUCACGAAAAGACGGCCAAGACGAAAAGAGUGAUCUUCCUCUCCUCAGGCGCUCACCGCAUGUCGCCCAUCCGCUUCGACGACAUGAAUUGGCGGGCUGACGAAGCAAAGUACAACAAAUGGCAAGCUUACGGGCAAAGCAAGACGGCGAAUAUGUACGUCGCCAAUGCGCUGACUCGCCGGUACGCACAAGAUGGGGUUAUUGGGCUUUCGAUCUGCCCGGGACCCGUUGCCACAGAUCUGUCCAAGCAUAUGACGGAUGCAGACUGGGAGAUGAUGGGCGGGAGGGAGAAGGUUGUCCCUGAGAGGAGGAAUGUGCAGCAGGGCGCUGCUACGUCGGUUUGGGCGGCGCUGAGUCCUCACUUUGAUGAUGUUGAGAAUGGGGCGAAGUAUUUGACGAAUGUGGGUGAGGUUGGGGCGCAUGAUGGAGAGGUGUGCAAGGCAGGGACGGCGGAGUGGGCAUUUGAUGAGGAGAAGGAAGAGAGGCUAUGGAGGGAGAGCUGCGCGGCUGUAGGCGUGGAACUCGACUGA